AUUAGACCUCCGACGCUCCGUGGGGGCUCUGAUUUAACAGCUGGCUUACACCAUGCACACACACUCCGCGCGCUCCACCCGCUGCCCCCCGCGUUUCUGCGCUGCUGCCAACCACCGGGCUGCCCAAAGCGCCGCGCACGAUGGCCGAACCAGAAGGCGAUGAUGAACAAAGAUAUUUCUCCGAUCCCGCAGUCGUGCGCAAAAUAAUUCCACCCUUCGCUCUGUUGCGGCUCAACUCGGACGUGCGAGGCAAGCUGCUCGGCUUCUUGGUCUGCGCCUCGCAGGACCGCGCGCUGCGGGCCAUCAACGACGAACGGAAAGCGGUGUAUGAAGACCCACUAGGCAAACGGAGGUUCUACGAGAAACCGCGACCGCCGAGGGCCGUCGACAUCGGCGGCUCCGCGAUGGCCCUAACUACCGUCCUGCGCGGCGACCUCCCGGCCUCGACCGCGGCGUUGGUCGCCACGCUCUUCCAUCACGCCGCGGCGCUGCGACUUGUGUGCCAGACGACAUGCUCGGACGUGGACGCACUGGCGAGAGCGCCUCGAUCGACGGCGACGCCGCGAGCCUGGCUCGGGAACCUCUACUGCCGCCACGACGCGCAACUCGACGACGCCGCCGUGAUCCGCGAGCUGCGCGCCCGGAUGCUGACGGGGCGGCGCGCGAACCUGGCCCGAGAGAUGGCGGCGCGACAGGACGCCGCGACGUAUUUCGUGCCGCAAGAGUUGGGUGGGAAGGCCCGUCGUUGCGUUGUGCGUACCGACGGCGCUGGAUUCGUCACGAACGACGCAACCUGGCCCCGGGAUAACGGUCGUCGUCGCGUGUUUUUCAAGUCCACGCCAGGUUGGUCGGAGAAGCGCCGCCGCAUGGCGCAGAUGCUCACGUUUGGUAGAAAUUCGUUCGGAGAACAUGUCCACGCGUGCACUCGAUGUCUGACGGUCGACGAGGCGAACCGCAACGCGCCCGUCGACGAGGCUCUGCUUCGAGAAAUGUCUCGUACUGCUAUCUCUUCGACGAUAACAUCUUUGCGCGGGACGACAAUGACGGUCGUGGCGUCGGCCGUAACGCUCGCGUGGGCGCCGGGCAGCAGCGAGCAUCCGCCGCCGGACUGCUUCCCUCUGCUCGAGGAAAAGCUUCGCCACUUUUUCGGCGGCCGCGUCGGCGACGGCCGCUGUGGUUGGAUCGAGCGGUGGACGAACAAAGGUUGCGGCUGCUACGACACUCAAUCGGCCUCGCUGAGACGUCACCCAAAAUAUUGGACGUCGUGCCACGACGAUGCGAGGCCCCCCUUAUCGUCCCUUGCGGAGCUCUGGCCUCCGUUUAAUGGCAAUCGGAAGGAGGUCCCGCUCACGAGGCAAGGCACGACCUUCUCGGCGCUCAUCGACAUCGCGUUCCAUUCAGGGGAGUACUCUGGAGCCUACGAACCGGACCUGAACGCGCACAAGGUGCAUCUGGCUUCGGUAAAAGCCCACUCGGGCACGGUGGCGAACAACCUCAGCUUUUUCAGGAUGGGGCCCGAAGUUCCGCCCGCGCCCAUCGAGCACAUUGAUCUUUACGUCCCCCUCGAACUGGUUCCCUUUGGGCCAACCCCGGACAACCAGGACGUGGGGCCCGGCUAUUUCUCAGUGAAGAUACAAGCUCGCAUCCCCGGGUUCGACUGAGCUCCCCGUUAGUAAAUACCAAACAAAACAACGUGAACUCAACAGUAGGAACGAGCAAGACGACUAAGG